AUGGACUGGUCGCUGCUUGACCUGGCCAAGGAAGCCGAGGAUGUGGCGUCUGGCCUGCAGGCCUUCAUCGACGCUCUUCCCGGCUGCGAGCGCGACUUUCUGGCCCACAUCAGCGCCCUCUUCGCCGUCAGCGCCGAGCUGAGGCGGCUGGACGAGCUCGUCACCCAUCGAUCCUUCCGUCGCGCCGCCGCCCAGAUCACGGCCGAGCUUGAUCUCCUGUGUCCAAGCCUAGAGUCGACACUGGAGACGGUCAAGUCUGAUCUUUUCGGCGUGAAAGUUUCAGCAAACCCUCGCCGGGCCUACGAACGCCUGCGCCUCCAUUUCGAACAGGAAGGCCGUUCAUUCAGCGGCCGCCUCGUAGCAUACCAUGACUUGACCAUGGGCCUUUCUGACGUUCUGCAAGGUGACAAGGAGAUCGAAGAUUUGGAUGUCGUAGUGUCAGUCGUCAGACGUCUGAGAGCCCGCCAAGCCUUCUUCGAUACCGAACGCAUCGAAUCUCCACCAGCACCCCUCAGGCCAUCCCCAGUGAGACCCCCGUUGUGGACGGCCCCGCAAUACGCCCCUCAGUCACCAGUCAUCAGCUCGGACGACUGGGAUAGCGAUGGCAUGUAUCCAGCGGCACCUCAAGCGCCAUUGUCACCCGCUUUUUCGAAUUCAUCGUUUGAUACGUUCGCGUCUUUUCCGACGUCGCCGAGUCUGGAUUCCGCUGGCUCGUACAGUCCUAUCCAUUGGGCCCAAAAGAUAUUUGACGGACUGCAUCCCGUAACCCAAUUCCUUGGACAUCUGGGCCAACCGACCAGGUGCCUUGGUCGGGAUUAUCCUGAGGCUGUCAACAGACUUUUUGCAGAAGGCUUCCAGAAGGUCGUCGAGCAACCAUUUGACGCAGCCGAUUCUUUUGUGAGAUUGUAUUGGAGACCGACCGAUCACCGCUCCAGACUCCUUUUUCUUACUAAGGAUCCCCUUGGCCGGCGUUAUCGGCAUUGCAUACCGCUCACCUCGCUGAACAUUCGACGGGUCGGCACUUGUCUACAGCUGUCCCGAGGAAACCAGUAUGACGGUCGCCUGGAUCUCUGGGCAAAUCUCCGGUUUACCUGUUACGAGAGGAUGGUGCUGUUCUUUUGCACCGCCGCAGCCCUCAAGCGCCAAGAUGCGGUUGAUAGCCCACUUCGAGCCGAGGACUUUUUCCAGAACGGUGAGGAUAUGGAGUUCUCGGGCCAAAUCCAAGAUGACCACUAUCUUCAUGCUUUCCGGGUGUUCAAGGAUCGGAAUACCGGUGCUGUCCGUUUCGAGGCUACCGCACGCCGCGGGCCGAUGCACAAGACGCCAAUCUGGACCGCAUUCGUCACGCAAUACAUCGGCCGCAAAGGCUGGAUGCGUCGAGUGGGAUCGAGGAUUCUGUCCAUGAGCGCCUUACACCCGUACAUCUUCUGCGACAACUACUCGCCACCGAGGGGCAGAGAUGGCCAAUUCGAGCUUCGCUUCACGUCACGAAAAGACUGCGAUGACUUCCUUGCUGUUUUCCCGACUAUCAGGGUUCCGUGA